GUCGCGACGACCGGUUCGUUUGGGAUUCGCGAUUGCAGUCGCGUCUGGAGCUCGCAACUCGCAGCUUGUGCUCGCGUCUCUCUCGAAACCACUCGCGCUCGCCCCGAGCCACUUCGGUGUUUUUCGGACGUUCGUAGCCCGGGAAUAACAUCUUCGGGUUCUCGUGAUUUGUUUGUUUGUUAGUGUGGUCUCCUUGCAAUCGAAUCGCCAUGGAAGUCCGGGAGAGGUCGCUGUCGGAAGAGGACCGAAAAGAUCUCGAGAUUUGGAUGAGCAACCACCUACGUCUUCCCUUCCGCCUCACAGAUGAACAACUAGAUAUUUUCCUUCACUGUUGCUACAAUGACCUCGAUUUGGUCAAGAAAACGAUACCAAAGUAUUUCAACAUGAGGAUCACAACCCCAGAAUUUUUCAGAGGAAGAAAUUUCGAUCUACCCGGACUCAAACACAUUCAACACGUCAUAAAAGUGUCAAUUCUCCCACAAAAAACGCCGAAAGGUUACUCGGUACUGAUGGGCCGAUUAUCCAAAACCGAAGUGAGUGAGUUCUUCCUGGACGACAGCAUCAAGCUGAAACUCAUGGUCAUCGACCAGUUCCUGAGGGAUCACGGUCCAUCGAACGGGAUGGUCUUCUUGUUCGACAUGACCGGUGUCUCCUUUUCCCAUCUGAGCAGGAUCAGCCUCUCUUCAGUCAAAAAAUAUUGCCAAUACAUUCAGGAAGCAAUGCCCAUCAGACUUAAGGCUAUUCACGUCAUCAAUGCUAACAGUGUGAUGACAUCCAUUAUGACUUUACUCAGGCCGUUUAUCUAUAAACAACAUUUGAAGAGGAUCCACCUGCACUCGAGUGAUAAAAUAAAGGAAAUCUACGAAUCAGUUCCUCAAAAUAUUUUACCCAAAGAUUACGGUGGCGAGGAAGCAUCAUUUGACACUAUGAGCAGAGAGUCGGUUGAGAGACUGAAGAAGAACUACGAAGCUUUCGAGACGGAGGACAAGACCUACGAUCUGCUCGCGACGACGCCUGAAUUCUCGAAGGCCGGCAACAAGAGCAGCAAGAAAUCCUCGAAGAAACAACAAGAGGACGUCCAGAUCACUUUCAAAAAGCUGGAGUUAGAUUGAGCUUCUGCCACCAGUCGCAUCAAACUAAUUUCGUCGUUUCACUCACGAAAGAACGUAACUUCAUUCCAAUGUUGCCGAAUCUCCGCUCGCAUAUUGCAAAUUAACCAAAAGGAUCUUGGCAUUUCCAACUGAAAACAUUGAUUUUUCCUCACAUUUCAUGGAAAAAUCAGACAAUUUUUGGAUAAAAAGUGGACAGGUAUUUAUAGAAUAAAUCAAUUUUCAUGUGAAUUUGGCAACCUUGGAAUGGAGUUACGUGCCUUCGUCCGAGAGACGACGAUUUCAGAGCCAUAGCUCAGAAAUGUCACGUUAUCUUGCUCGAUAAGUAUCGAUUAAUUUCUGUUGAUAGAGUUGAAAGAGCUUACGUCAUUGUUUGGAGCCAAUGCGACACAAUAUACCUAUUUUAAUGGAUACCUUAUUUCUGAAUCAGUCUUCCAUUAUUGGUUUCGCAAAGAGCCCGCUUUUGUGGCAUACAGCUAACAAGUUUCGCACCGUUAUAAUCGAGCAGCAGCAACCCUGCG